CUCGGAUGUCAGUGUCAAGGUCUAACCCAUCUAAUCAGAUCAGACAGGCAGAUACAAGGUGACAAGGUCUGUUUUCUGCUGAACUAGUGCAGUUUUGGAAUUUGAAAUGAGAUAGGUUUGAUUUGUUGAAAGUGAAAAAGAGAGUGCUAGUGCAGUCUAGUGCAGGAACAGAAAACAGACCAACAAAUGCAUAAGUUAGUGCGUAAAGAGCAGUGUGAUGGUUCUUGUUUGUAUUACAAACUAUUUCUGAGCACACAAUAAUUAUUUAAAAAAAAAAAAAUGCUGUCAGGACAAUUUGUUCGUAAUAUUCAGUUGCGUAUAACACGAUAUUUUACUCGUAGCAGUAUUUUAAGGGAAAUUAAUAAAGUAGAUAAAAUUCCUGCACAAAAAAACAAUGAACCUACAAAAGAUAGUGUUAUGGGUUCACGCAUGCAUCGGGUAACUAAUUUUGACAAGAGAAUACUUGUUUGGGUAAAUCGAUAUCCGAGCAUUGCAGAUGUUCCUAAGGACGUUACAACGGACUGUAUCCUCGGUGCGAGAAGUAAAGCACGAAUCAAGACAUGUAAUUAUAUGAUAGUUUUUACCAUAAUUGGUUGCAUAGGCGCUGUAAUACUUGGAAAACGACAAGCUAAAAGAGGAGAAACUUUGUUUAAACAAAGAGAAGACUGGCUCAAAGAAGUCAUGGCAGAAGAUAAAAAGAAAUAAAUUGUAAAUAUUAGGAAAAUGUAGAAAUCUUUAGGAUUUAAUUUUU